GGAGACAAGUACCUCUGGCCCUCCAGAAUUUAACCUGGUUCUGUCUCUUUUUCAUUCUCAUCACCUCUUGGUCAGGUUCAAUCUCGUAGGCAGGUUCCUAUAGCAAUUCUCCUGCCUCAGCCUCCCGAGUGCUGGGAUUACAGGCGUGCGCCACCAGGUUCAAGUGUGGUCUCUCUAAGGACAUUUGGGGGCGGCACAAAAGAGGAGCAAAGGCCACCAGAUGCACCCAUGGUCAUCAGCCGGUCAAGGAGAAUGUGGAAGGCCCUCAAGUACACUUCUUCGCAUAUUUCACGAUGACCGUCCAAGAAACCGCAGCCACGGGAGUCAGCCUGAAAGGAUGCCGUCCGUUCUAAAGGACGUGCGUGGAUCAUCGCGUUAACGCUCCGCUUCGGGGGAUCUCGGGUGUGCGGCUCUGGCCUCCCGGCCGCGGUCCGUCCCUGCAGCGCAGGCACCCGUAGUCGGCCCUGCGCGGGGACACGCGUGGGCCUCCGCCCGUCCCUCCCUCCCUACGCCGCCCCGCUCGUGCGCCUGCAACAGGGCGCAGGUGAGAGGUGAUCGGUUUGGAUUUCAGGCCUCCAGCUCCCGCACCGAAGCACGACCGCACCUAACCUGGGUAGCAACGCCGGAGACCGGGACGCAGCGGCUCCUCCGCCGCCUGCCCCGCGAGAUCGACGUGCGGCUGCACCAAUCGGACACGGCCUGCUCUCGGCCCCGCCUCCCUCCCCUGCGCACGCGCCGUCCGCGCAGGUGGGUCGGGGAAGCGCGGUCAUGCAGCGCCCCGGGAGCUCCAGGGCUCCCGGCCCGCCGGCCUUCGUGACUCCCUGAGGAAAAACGGUGCUAGUGCCAACCAGCCCUAAGGGAAGUUUAGAACAGAAUAGACCCGGACUCCUCACUUCCCUUGUAAUGCCCAGCUUACGAUGCCUGGCUCUUUUUUGAAGACUGCAUUCCAUUAUCCUCCCAGUCCACAAUGCGGAAGAGUGGUUGGAUGAGUGUUUGAAGUCUGUUUUGCAGCAGGACUUUGAAGGCUCCAUGGAGCUCUCUGUUUUUGAUGAUGCCAGUAAGGACAAGUCUAUGAGCAUCAUUGGAAGAUGGAAAGAAAAGCUAGAAGGUGCCGGCAUCCCUGUAGUCAUUGGAGGUCAUGAUUCGCCUUCUCCCCGAGGAGUUGGAUAUUCUAAAAAUCAAGCAGUCGCACAGAGCUCAGGGUCUUACCUUUGCUUUUUGGAUUCGGACGAUGUGAUGAUGCCGCAGAGAGUGAGGCUGCAGCACCAGGCCGCCCAGGGGCACCCGACCAGUAUCAUAGGGUGCCAAGUGAGAAGGGAUCCCCCAGACUCCACCGCACGAUACACACGCUGGAUCAACCAGCUGGCGCCAGACCAGCUCCUGACACAGGUAUUCACCUCACACGGCCCCACCGUGGUCAUGCCCACCUGGUUCUGCGCCCGAGCCUGGUUCUACCACGUGGGCCUGUUCGACGAGGGUGGGCAGGGUGUGCCCGAGGAUCUGCUGUUCUUCUACGAGCACCUCAGGAAGGGCGGCGGGGUCAUGCGAGUGGACCAGAGUCUGCUGCUCUACCGCUACCACCCACGUGCAGCCACGCACUCUGUCCUCCAGACAACCAUCUGGACCCACCGCGUCCGCUUCUUGGAGGAGCAGGCCCUGCCACAGUGGGCGACCUUCACCAUCUGGAACGCGGGCAAGCAGGGCCGCAGGCUGUACCGGAGCCUGACGGCCGCCAGCCGGCACAAGGUGGUUGCCUUCUGCGAUGUGGAUGAGAACAAGAUGAAGAAGGGCUUCUACUGCCACGAGGACGCCCAGGAAAGGCCCAAGCCACGGGUUCCCAUCCUGCACUUCCGAGCUGCCCGGCCGCCCUUCGUCAUCUGUGUGAAGCUGGCAGGUCCUUUGGCCAAAUUUCUCUUUAUUAACACAUCCUCCUCGUGCCCCAGCGAUUUGGCUUCAGUGGCACGUGCUGGGUGGCUGCCCAGAUCCGAGUGUGGCACUGGCCACAGAGCCCACCUUCCUGGCCCCACAGCCCUGCCUCUGCUCCCGAUGGAUGUGGCCUCUCCCGAGAGAAGGGCCGGGCCAGUUCUCAGCAGUACCCUCCUGGUGGACUCGUGUGCACCUGUGAGCAUGCAGCUCUGUCCUCUAAGUGGGCACCUGACCCACUCAGGAGUCAGCCGGUCAGUGUCCGUACUUCUGCUGAUUUCUGCAGCUUCUGCUGCUUUCCUGGCCACUCUCUGGUACUGGGUUGCUCCUGAUUGGACCACUUCCCUGCCCUCUUGGCCUCAGAUGACUCCGCCCCACAGAAUACAGGAUGGGGGCGCCAAGCCCAGACCCUGCCCUGCAGCGCACAGGACAGACACAGCGCCCAGCCACGGAGACAGCCGCAGUCCGCACUCCGGGCCCCUGAAGGGCACUGUGAGCAGCCGGGAGGACAGCUGCCCUCACACUCCCGACUCCUAGGCCACAGAAGCCUCCAGCCACACACGCAUGGGUCCAGACUCACGAAAGCUGUUUGAAAUGGGUUUUAUGGGAGCACAUUUGUGUGAGGCAACAGCAGAUUAACACAGGCACCCAGGGCAUGUGAGGAGGAGGCACCGUCUGUCCACAAGACAUCUGCACUGUGGCACCGGGCUCUGGUGUGGCCGUCAGCGUCCCUGGGAGCAGAACGUUCCUGCCGGCAGGAUGACCGCUCACCUUCUGGACCAGCUUCAGUGGGCACCGGUCUGCAGAGAGACGGUGGGUUGUGAGUCGCCCAGGCCUCUCGGCCCCUUCUCCAGAGGCCCCAGCACAAGCGAGGUGGCAACACUGCACCUCGGGUGCACACUCCAGAAUCUUCUCUGGAGCCUCAGUCACACACUGAGUAUUUUCCCACCGAGAAUGUAAAAACUACACUUGGGUCAGAGGCCAGAUGCUGUGUUCAGCCUCUGCACCCAAGAGGGCAGGGAUGCUACCUUGGUCCCCACCCACGUAGGGUGCUUGAUGGCCCCCAGCAUCUGCGGGGCUCCUGUGAGGAGGAAGCCCAGGGCCCAGGACACCAUGAAUCGGAAGGGGAAGAGAGAGGCUGAGGCCGGGCACUGUGCGCACGCUGUGACCCUGCCUAUUUGGGAGGCUGAGACAGGAGGAUUGUAGGCUUGAGGCCAGGCUGGGUAAGUUUGCAAGACCCUGUCUCAAAAGCAAAGUAAAACACAGGACGUGCACGGCCUGACAAGUCCAUAAAACUAUCAACUGAACAAAGACCCCGCCCGAGUCAGCCUGUAAAGGCCAGGAGUGUAGCUCGGUGGCAGUGUUUGCCUAGCCCAAGAGGUAAGACCUCACCACUCACUAAGAACACACAGAGGCUGGAAGCAGAACAAUGGCAGAAGAACCUGGACUGCUGCGGCUGUACCACCAUCGGCCACAUGGGCCUCAGUGCCUUGGCCCUUCAUAGAGGUGCAGGCUCAACAGAGAGGCCAUACAUGGACCUAACAACCACUUCCAAUGUGUUCUGAGGGUUAGACUGAAAGAUCCAGACUCCAUACACCGCUGUCAGCAAUGGGUACAGUAAGAUGGCACGGCACAGUUCAGAGGCCUCAGACCUGUCCACGCAAGAGGAAAACGGUGACCUGCUGUGACACCCACGCCUGCUCCUCCGUCAGUCAGACACCAUCACCUGCUGUGAGGCCCACUCCUCCUCCAUCACACAGCAGUGUGGACUAAUGGGCAGGCAAAAACAUCGCAGACUGUUGCAGAGACUUCAUGUCACACCCUGUAGAUCCUGAAGACAGGCCAACAAGAUCGGUGGACACAAGAACAGGUGCUUAGCCCACAGGCAGAAACCCAGUGGAAAAGGAAACCCAGAGCUUUCAGAAGGAAACAGCAUCCAUCCCCUACCUACAGCCUCCCUAUAAAGACAGGGUGAAACUAGCGAAGGGCAGGCUAGCGAGUCUGAUGUUCUGUGUAAAGGAUGGGAGUGCGCUGGGAACAGAAGCUUCUGCCGUGGGCAGCAGCUAUGCAGACCUUGCACGUGCAGACAGCCCAAUAGGGUGCGCAGGAGCUCUGAUGGGCACCAAGGACGAGGCCACAUGACCUAGGCACUGAGAACCCCCCGUGACAAAAAAGGAGGACAGUGCUCAGAGCAAAGGCUGUGGCAGAUGGCAGCUGAGGGGCUCUACAGGGUGGGAGGGUGAGGCCCCAUUCGACAGGUAUGGGGGUGCACAAUGGUGGACUGCAUGGGAGGGGCCAGGGCCAGCACAAGUGGAGACCUGGAGCCACCGGAACAGGGGGCUGGUGCUGGGCUGGGCACAGAGAAGUGCAGGCUCAGCCACGCUGUGUCACGCAUGCCCAUGGCCCAGGCAGGUAUGGGCUGUGCCCAGAGAAAGCACGCUGUGUCAUGGUUUAUAUCUAGAUGUUCCCCCAAAGCCUCGUGCAUUCACAGGUGGGGUUUGGGGAAGGUGAUUGCAUCAUGGGGUGUGAUCCUCAUCACUGGAUCGGUCCCUGGAUGAGUUCACUGCUAACUGUGAUGUUGGGAGAUGAAGCCUGGUGGGAGAAGCUGGUCACUGGGGGCAUAGCCUGGAAGGGUCUAUCUCCCUCCUCUCUUGAUCACUCCUGCUUCCUGCUGCUCUGCCGUGAGCUGUUUCUCCUCUGCGAUGCCCUUCUGCUGUGCUGCCUGCAUUGGAGCCGGCCAACUAUGGACUGAAACCUCCACAAACGGGAGCCAAAGCACCUCUCCUCCUUGGAUUUGUGGGUGUCAGGUACAGUGUCCCAGUGAGAAGAAAGUAACUAAGAUACCAUGUGUAAAGACACACUGCCACCCAAGGUGAGGGAAGGAAGAGGAGCCCCUGCCACUGUAGCCUCCAGAGCUGGCACGGGAGGGGGAAGGGAGCAGGUGGGGAACCACAGGGUUACCUUGGGGACCAGCUGGGGCUGGGGCACGCCAAGGAGGUCGCACAGCCGAUUCCGCUGCUCUCUGGCCACGGGGAGCUCAGCAUCCCUGCACAGGAGAAGGAGCUGUGAGCCCUCGAGCCUCAGACCUGU